AUGACUCCCGAGAGCAUCCUCGGCUUCCAUCUCUGCCCGGAGAUGGCGAAGCCCAUCGGAGAGCUGGACCCAGCGGCACAAAGCCAAGCCCUGGGCGCAUUCAGGGGCCUCGUCACACUGACCCGAGGGCCCGAUCUCCCCCGGCAGGGAGGCGCCGGGACAGCUCCUGGCAGCCCCCCUGGGUCUCUGCUCCUCGUCGUGCGGACGUCUUUUGGGCGGGCAGUGCGCCUGGGAGCCGGGUCCCCGCCGCAGGAGCUCGGCCGCCGGGCCCACGCGCCGCCCGCGCCCCGCUGCCCUCCGGAUUCCUCGAAACCAGGACGCCGGCCUUGCAGCGGGAAAGUGACAUCACCGCGCCGCCCCGGGCGAGGAGAGCGGCCGCUGCGAGGCCGCGGGGCCUCGGUGGCGCAGGGGGACCGAGCGCGGUGGCCGCGCCGGACACCGAGCGCACUAAACGCAAUUAUUUAUCGUUACUUUCAGGAGCCCAACAACGAGAAAACCAACAACGGCAUCCACUACAAACUCCAGCUACUGUACAGCAACGGAGUCAGGACGGAGCAGGAUCUUUAUGUGCGUCUCAUAGAUUCAAUGACCAAACAGUGUGAUGGUCUAGUAACGCGAGACGUUGAUUUGGAUUUAAAAGUGAAAUGUGUUGGGGUGAAAAGUCACCUUGUUCUGCACUACCGGUGCUGUGACAAGAAAAGUUGUGGCAACAGAAACGAAACGCCCUCGGACCCUGUAAUCAUUGACAGAUUCUUUCUAAAGUUUUUCCUCAAGUGCAAUCAGAACUGUUUGAAGAAUGCAGGCAACCCUCGAGAUAUGCGAAGAUUCCAGGUUGUUGUGUCGACAACAGUCAACGUGGACGGCCAUGUGCUGGCCGUGUCCGACAACAUGUUUGUGCACAACAACUCCAAACACGGGCGGAGGGCCCGCCGUCUAGACCCGUCAGAAGCCACUCCGUGCAUCAAGGCCAUCAGCCCCAGCGAAGGCUGGACCACGGGGGGAGCCACCGUGAUCAUAAUCGGAGACAAUUUCUUCGACGGCCUGCAAGUCGUGUUCGGAACCAUGUUGGUGUGGAGCGAGCUCAUCACGCCUCACGCCAUCCGCGUGCAGACCCCGCCGAGGCACAUUCCCGGAGUCGUGGAGGUGACCCUGUCCUACAAAUCCAAGCAGUUCUGUAAAGGUGCUCCUGGGCGGUUUGUCUACACCGCCCUUAAUGAACCAACCAUAGAUUACGGCUUUCAGAGGUUGCAGAAAGUGAUCCCGAGACAUCCGGGUGAUCCCGAAAGGUUACCCAAGGAAGUGCUGCUCAAGAGGGCGGCCGACCUCGUGGAAGCCUUAUAUGGAAUGCCCCACAACAACCAGGAGAUCAUCCUGAAGCGCGCAGCGGACAUCGCCGAGGCGCUGUACAGCGUGCCCCGCAACCACAACCAGAUCCCCGCCCUGGGCAACACCCCCGCGCACACGGGCAUGAUGGGCGUGAACUCCUUCAGCAGCCAGCUAGCCGUGAACGUCUCGGAGACGUCGCAAGCCAACGACCAAGUCGGCUACAGUCGCAAUACAAGCAGCGUGUCCCCGCGAGGCUACGUCCCCAGCAGUACUCCCCAGCAGUCCAAUUACAACACAGUCAGCACUAGCAUGAAUGGAUAUGGAAGUGGCGCCAUGGCCAAUCUAGGGGUCCCUGGCUCGCCUGGAUUUCUUAAUGGCUCCUCCGCUAACUCUCCCUACGGCAUGAAACAAAAGAGCGCCUUCGCGCCCGUGGUCCGGCCCCAAGCCUCUCCUCCUCCCUCCUGCACCAGCGCCAACGGGAAUGGACUCCAAGCUAUGUCUGGGCUGGUAGUCCCGCCGAUGUGAGGGGCCCGCCCCCCUCCGCAGCACCCGCACCGCGGACGGACUUCAGGGGACACGUCCAGUGUACAGGACCUGCUGCUGGAGCCCGUCGCCUUCCAGUGCAUCGGCAGCAGCGGACGCGCUACAAGAGACUUUGUUGAAAGAUUUUAUUUAAACUAUUAAGAAUCAACAUGCAAACAGCCUACUUCUUCAUGAACAAUUCCAUUUUAUUGACUGAACUUUUCUCAUAUUUUCACCUUUCUCAGACCUGAAGACUAAGGAGAACAAAGCGACGCCUAUUUUGUAUAAAGUUUCGGACUCCGUCUUGGCUGUGUCUCGUACUUGCUAUGUGUUGGGGGAAAACUUUGUGAAUGCACCAUUUUGAUUAUCAUGAAACACUGAUGAAAAAUGCCUCCAAACAUUUUUCUGUGCUCAUACUUAGAUUCACAAUGGUUGUGUAUCUCUAUAAUGUGAAAUAUUUUUUGUGGUGAAAAAAAAAAAAAGGGGGCCAAGGAGGCGUGAGCCAUCGAACUGGAAGGGAGGAGGACUCCGAGGCGAGGAUCCCGGGUGGCAGGGGGGGGGGCGGGCUUAUCAUUGCUUAACUUCAUCUUAAUGAAAUGAAACUUUGUAACUUAUUGUAGUUAGAGAUUGUAACUUUGAUAUUGAACUCUCUUGCCUUCAACAAGCACACUGACAGAAACAAAAUGCUACUGUCUGUUGGUUAAAAUAUUCUCCCACCGCUAGAGCUUCCUGUUAAGCAAGUGUGAUCUGCAACAUUUUUUCAACUUUUGCUAGCACUGUAGACUCUUGCAUUCUUAGGCUACUGUGAGGUCCAUGUUUCUUGUACCAGAAAUUGUCCUUUUGACUUCUAGCUCCUUCUUCCCUAAUGUGUUUUGUAUGUGGUUAUAAAAUUGUAGACUUUUGUGAUUUUGCCAAAGUUGUAGCUAAAUAUUUAUACACUUGUCUUGAAUUUUUUUCAGAUCCACUUAAAUAUUUAGAAAAAACACGUUUUCUUCCUUAUGUGUCUCAUAAGGAAUAAAAUGGUCUCCAUUCAACACUUUUCCAUGAACACUUACAGUUGCUAAGGGACUUUCUUUUGUAACAUAUCGAUUAUAAAUAUUGUAUUUAUCUUUGAAAUUUUGUACAUUGCUUUUACCGCUGUUUUCUUUUUCCCGUCCGGAUCGGUUUUUGAUCAUGGCCUGGUGCUGGGAACAGCGUUAAAGCCAGGAGCUGUCUCUGAUUUGUUUUGUUAAAGUGAACCUGUGUCCUUGAAUUUCAUUCAAAGAUUUGCUUUUGUUCGGACUUUCCAUCUUUUUCUUUUUUUUUAUUUUGAGGAAAAGUAAAAUUCAUUGUUUAUUUUUAUAUUAUUUUUAAGUUAUCUGAACAAAUACUUUUGAAAACAGAGUUUGUUGUAUAGUGAACACGAAACGGUGCCACGCGGCUGCGAGAACCCUAGUAGACGCCAUGCAUGUGGAUCAGCCGCGGAGAGGGGACGCCGUGCGGGGCUGUGUCCUUAUUUUUCUGUAGAAUGUAAAAAGUCAUUUUAGCUGCCACCCACGACUUUGCCACAUAGCUGAACUGUGUUUACUGGAAGAAUUCAGAGGCCUAAAGUUUAAAAUAAAAUUUACUUCUGAUGUUUUAAUUAAAGCGUGUGCCACAUUAA